GAGAGGGAGGCGGCGGGCACGGCGGGAGCGGCUUCAGCCUCGGCUGAGGGCUGAGGCGAAGAAGGCGGCGGCGGUGGCGGCGGCGGCGAGGCGGCCAAGGUGAUGGCGACGCGGGGCCCAUGAGGCGGCGGCCGGCGGGACGGGCCGAGGCCCGGCGGAGGAGGAGGCUUCGGGGACGCCCACCGCCGGAGAGACUUUGGGAAAGUAACAAACAGAAUACCGUUUCUGAAAGAAGGUUUUGGGUAACAAGUUCUGGAUAACAGGGCAAACCAAUUCCAUCACCAUGAGUUGGAGCUUCCUGACUCGCCUGCUAGAGGAGAUCCACAACCAUUCAACAUUUGUAGGGAAGAUCUGGCUCACCGUGCUGAUUGUCUUUCGAAUUGUCCUGACUGCUGUAGGAGGAGAGUCCAUCUACUAUGACGAGCAAAGUAAAUUUGUGUGCAACACAGAGCAGCCGGGCUGUGAGAAUGUCUGCUACGAUGCCUUUGCACCGCUCUCCCACGUGCGCUUCUGGGUGUUCCAGAUCAUCCUGGUUGCAACUCCCUCUGUGAUGUACCUGGGAUAUGCUAUUCAUAAGAUUGCCAAAAUGGAGCAUGGUGAAGCGGACAAGAAGGCAGCUCGGAGCAAACCCUAUGCCAUGCGUUGGAAACAGCACCGGGCUCUAGAAGAAACGGAAGAGGACCAUGAAGAGGAUCCUAUGAUGUAUCCAGAAAUGGAGCUAGAGAGUGAAAAAGAAAAUAAAGAGCAGAACCAACCAAAACCAAAGCACGAUGGCCGGAGACGAAUUCGGGAGGAUGGGCUCAUGAAAAUCUAUGUGCUGCAGCUACUGGCCAGGACUGUGUUUGAAGUGGGCUUUCUAAUAGGACAGUAUUUCCUGUAUGGUUUUCAAGUCCACCCAUUUUAUGUGUGCAGCAGACUUCCUUGUCCUCAUAAGAUAGACUGCUUUAUUUCUAGACCCACUGAAAAGACCAUCUUCCUUCUGAUAAUGUAUGGUGUUACAGGCCUCUGCCUAUUGCUUAACAUUUGGGAGAUGCUUCAUUUAGGGUUUGGGACCAUUCGAGACUCACUGAACAGUAAAAGGAGGGAGCUUGACGAUCCGGGUGCUUAUAAUUAUCCUUUCACUUGGAAUACACCAUCUGCUCCCCCUGGCUAUAACAUUGCUGUCAAACCAGAUCAAAUCCAGUACACCGAGUUGUCCAAUGCUAAGAUUGCCUACAAGCAAAACAAAGCCAAUAUCGCCCAGGAGCAGCAGUACGGCAGCCAUGAGGAGCACCUCCCGGCUGAUCUAGAGACUCUGCAGCGGGAGAUCAGGAUGGCUCAGGAGCGCUUGGAUCUAGCCAUCCAGGCCUACCAUCACCAAAACAACCCCCAUGGUCCUCGGGAAAAGAAGGCCAAAGUGGGGUCCAAAUCUGGCUCCAACAAAAGCAGUGUUAGUAGCAAAUCAGGGGAUGGGAAGACCUCCGUCUGGAUUUAAUCUUGGUUGGGCUUAAAACUUGGGUUUUCAUAGUUUAUGGUGAGCGGCGGCUCACUGAAUAACGACUUCCAUUGAGUAAACAUUUGGCUCUGGUUACCUUCAGGGACGCUGUUGGCUCAUGAUCCAAACUCAGGGGACUCUGAAGGUGGAGCUGGGAUGAGUGGGAAAGGGAAACACAGUGUUCCCAGGCACGUGUUCUCAGCAAUAAUACAGUUGCAGAACUUUACGUUGUGUCUUCCAGAUCCAGAGAAGAACAGAUAUAUUUAAAUCACUCUGUUGAACAAGUUUUUGUAUGUACAGUAUUAUGGUACAUUUUUUUAGUAUGAUAACUUUUUUUUGUAUUUGUACAUUGGACUGCUGUAGUUAUACUUUUUUAUAUUAAAGGAAAAAUCCUUGUAAA